AUGAUUAGACAAAGAUUUAGUAAUUGGGGUCUAAACAAAUACUUUUUCAAAAAAAAUGUCUGGUCAACAAGUGCAUUUUUAAGAACUAAGGUAAUUAGUACUAUCACUGUUACACCCUUUCGUACAUUGUCCACAACUAAUGCUUUAUAUAAUGACAACGGAAAUAAUUUGAAAAAAAAAAACCAAAUUGGACAAAUUAAGAUAGACAAACCUAUGAUGAUGAUUGCUUUCACUUGCAAGAAGUGCGGAACGAGAUCAUCUCACCAAAUGUCUAAGCAAGCGUACACAAAGGGAACAGUAGCCAUACAAUGUCCUGGUUGCAAAAAUAGACAUUUAAUUGCAGAUCAUUUAAAGAUAUUUCAUGAUAAUAAAAUUAACAUACAAACUUUAUUAAAGGCCAAAGGUGAACAUGUUUCUACCGAUGUUAAUGAUUUAGUAUUCGAGGAUAUUCCUGAUUCUUUGAAAAAUGUUAUUGGUCAUUUGGCUAAAGAUUCGCCAAAGAAUGCAACAAACAAGGGAAAGCAGUGUGGCACUAAAGAUGCUGUUGAUACUGAAGUUCAUACCUUACCACCUAAAAAUGGAUAG